AUGGUGCGUGAUUUCUCCCGCGCCCUCGUGGGGUCCUCGGGUUAUCUCGUUCCCCCCUACGAAUUGUUCCAGUCGCAGAAGGACUUUGACCUGGGCGUGGAGCCGUAUCGGCAGGACAACGCGCAGCUCAUACAAGAGUGCAACCAGCUGCACAUGAAGCUCAUGUGUGUGCAAGAAGACGGAGAGAGGAACGUCAGGGAGCUGAAGAAGAAGGUGCGACGGCUGGAGAGCGAGAACCGGGACCUGGUGUUCGUCAACUCGCAGUGCCUGGCGCGGAUCAGCCGCCUGGAGCUGGAGUGCAUCGAGAAGAGCAGCGGCCUGCUGCAGUUGAAGGGGCCUGCCCCCGGUGAGCCGCCCCCCCCCCCCCUGCAGCUUCCGCCCGGCCCCGGGCCCCCCGCCCGGACACUCUCGCUCGCAGGAGGAAGAAAGAGGCGGGCCGGCCGAAGAGCGGCUGCCCCGAGCGCGCCCAGCCGUGCCACGGGCAAGAGGACGCUCACGAGCCGCGGGGGGGAGAGCGAGGGCACGGACCGGCGGGUGCAGUCGCUGACACGGCUGCUGAACCGCGCGGAGGACGAGUGCCAGCAGCACGCCGACCUCGUCAGCUCCCUCAAACUGCAGAUCGAUGCGAGGGACUCGGAGAUAGAGCGCCUGCUGGGCUUGCUGGAGGGCGGACGGCCGCUGAGGGCCAUCUGCAAGGACUACCGCCGCUGCGAGCAGGACAACAGGGUGCGAGGUCUCGAGGAAGAGCUGAGAGCCGCCGAGGAGAAGAACAGGAGGCUGGAAGACAAACUGAAAGAGACCACGGCCAGCCUGCACGAGGCGAUGUCGCGCGCCAUGGCGCUGGCGGACCGCGGCCGGGAGCUGCAGGAGCGGCUGCACGGACGCGGCGCGGCGGAGGGGCCCAUCGCCUCCGAGACCGCCGGCAGCCUCGUCGACGCGCAGGACCGGCUGAAGGCGUGCGAGGAGCGCGCGGAGACGCUGGAGCGGGAACUGGCGGCGGCGCGGCAGAAGGGCCGGCAGCUGGAGUCCCAGGCGGAGGCGGAGCGGGGCGACAGGCGGUGGCUGGAGUCCCAGGUCGAGGCGGCCGCCAAGGAGAAGCGCAGGCUGCUCGACCGCUUGGACGAGCUGCACGUCGUGGAGCAGGACAUGCUGGAAGAGAUUGGUCGGCUGAAGCAGGCCGGCCUUCAGCAGAGGCAGACAAUUCUCGACCUUCAGAUCCUGCUGAAGUCAGGCGGCCUCAAGGAGCAGGCCUGCCAGACCAACGGUGCCAAAAACGGCCCAGCCGGGAGAGGCGAGAACAAUGGGCUGGAGGCAGAUGCUGUACGUCUCCAGACACAAGACACUUUGCGGCAAGACGACCAGCUCAGAAGUCUUGCGGAGGAGAGCAAGCGAGCUCUCGGCGAGCGCGAACAGCAGUUGGUGUCCCUGCAGCGGAACCUGCGGGCCUCGGAGCAAGAGAACAACUCUCUGAGGACAGAGCUCGACUCUCUCCGCAGAUCAAACACGUCUCUUGCCAGUCAAGUAGAGGAGCUCCAACGUUCCCUGAUGGAGACAAAGCAGCAGUUGGCAGCCCUGCAGCUCACCCCCGCCUCCGCCAGCCAGGUGUCGGCGUCGCCGGUCUCCCAGGACGCCGAGCUGAGGCAGCAGCUGUCGGCGGCCCAGGCCGAGCUCUCGCGCCAGAGGGCGCUCUGCAACCAGGUCAAGCUGCAGCAGCAGCAGGCGGACGGGGCGCUGGCCGAGGCCCAGGCGGAGCUGGGGCACGCGGCCGGGGAGCUGGCGGCCGCUCGGGAGCGGCUGGCUAGCCUCGGCACGGAGCACGCCGAGCUGCAGCGCGAGGCGGCCGCGCUCCGGGCCGAGCGCGCGGCGCUGCGCGAGUCCCUGUCCCGGGUCGACCAGGAGCGAGACGGCCUGCUGAUAAGCCUGGACACGAAGACGGAGCAGUUGGCGACCUUGGAGCAGACGCUGGAGCAGAGGGACGCGCGGGUGGCCAAGCUGAGGGACGCCGUGCAGGAGCUGCAGAAGAAGCUCAGCGCGGUGACGGACGACAGCUUGGCGCGCAGCCAGUCCUCCAAGGCGCUGCAGAGGACUGUGGAGUCGCUGCGAGAGGACCUGGACGCUCUGCAGCAGAGCAGGGACGCUGCCGUGCGCGAGAACAGGCAGCUGCAGGAGGACCUGGCGGCGGCCGUGCAGGACAACAGGAUGGCGCAGCGCGGCCUGGAGGAGGCGCGGCGCGAGGCCAGCACGCUCCGGCGCCAGCUGCAGGAGUACGUCAACGAGGUGCGCCGUGUGGAGGAGCUCCUGGCACGCAAGGACUCUGAGCGCGCGGACAUGCUGGAGCACUUCCGCAGCCUGAGCGUGGAGGCGACGGCGCUGGAGUCCAGCAACCACAGCCUGGAGGGUGAGCGCGAGGAGGCGCGCGCUGCCGUGCAGGCGGCGGAGCAGCGCGCGGACGAGCUGCACCAGCGCCUGCUGGCCCGCGAGGCCGCCGUGCACGCCUGCGAGGAGCAGAUCUCGGAGCUGACGGUGGAGGUGGCAGGCCUGGAGGCGCGGCUGCGGCAGGAACAAGAGCGCGCCGAGCGCCAGGACACGGACCUGGCAGCGCUGCGCCAGCUGUGCGCGGGGCUCGACCAGCAGAAGGAGUCCCAGGCCGAGCGGGCGGCCGUCGCGGAGAGCGUCAGGGCGCAGCUGGAGAGCGAGGUGGCACGGCUUCGCGAGGAGCACGAAGCGCUCCGGGACCAGAUGGAGCGGGACCGUGCCGGAGCGUCCUCGCUGGAGGCGAUGCUGGCAUCCAGCCGGCAGGAGGCGCUGGAGCAGCGCGCGGCCAACCAGGCGCUGGAGUCGGAGGUGGCACGCCUGCGGGACCAGGUGUCUCGUCUGCAGGACAAGCUGGUGGUGUGUGUGCUCGGCAGGGGCGGGGAGAAGGCCCAGGUACACCAACUGGCGAGCCAGUCGGCCGAGCUGGCGCAGCAGGUGACGGACCUGCAGCGGGAGGUGACCAACGAGCGGUACAGUCGCGUGCGAGCCGCCGAGUACAAGAGCACAACACUUUGACAAAAGAAGUGACUGCUCUUGAUACUGGAGAAGUAAUGUGUCUACGAAACUGGAAGGUGGUAUACACAAGACACUACGAGAACUGUGUACCUGAAGAACAUUGCCUUUCCAUUAAUUUGCUUGAAUUUGGGUUAAGAUCGACAAUUUCUUUCUAAGCACACCAUAAUAUAUCUGUACAACUACGAUGUGUAAAUGUAUGUUAAGGAACUGGACAGCUGACUUAGUAGUCAUGUGUUAAUAUUUUUGUAUAUAUGUAUAAGAAAAUAAAUUUCAUGUUUUUAUCUA